GGCUCACAGAGAGCGCCUCUCUCGCUCAGGGCUGCCAGUCAAUGCUCGACUGCCGUUCAAUUGUGUUGUGUGACGGCAUCACUGUGUCUCGCUUAUCACUACUCUUAUCAAGGUGCAGGAAAACUUCUGAGAUCACGAGUGUUCAUAAAUAGAUCCAUUUUCAACUGAAUUCGAGCUUGGAAGCGAAUUUUUUAUCAACUAAUAUCCUGCCAAAACCAGUCGACAAUGACACUGCAGCAAAUCGACGCUGCAUCGGUGUGGUGAACGAGUGAUGAUCGGGAACGUGUGAGUGAAGAAAGCAGCGCGACGAGGAAGAAGAGGAAGAAUGGGGGUGUGGAGGGUGGUGGCGUGAACGAGGGGGCUGUGGCGAUGGAGACUAGGAGAUCGGCGAGCAGAGGCACCCUCAAGGACAAUGGCAGCUUGCAGCGGUCGUCCAGUCGUCAGCGACAGCGACACGACUGGAGGGACAUGUACCACCCCACCGCCAGUGACGAGGACAGCAAUCGCUUGUAUGCUGCCUCUCUCAUGCACACUUACACCGCUAGAAGCGAGGGUAGCUACAGAAUGCCAACAGAUCAGGAUGAUGGGGGCUCCCCCAGCGCCCCCUCUUCGCCCACUAUUGGUUCGCAUUUUAUCCACGGCAGCCCGAGCAGACAGGCCAGCCCCUACCCCAUAGAAUCGACGAAUGUGAACGCAUCAGGUCAGUCGACACCGCAGCUGCAGCCAGGCACCCAGCAGCCGAGUCCGCGGUUCACGGGCCGCAAGAAGGGUGUCGACCCCGGACGGCAGACGACCGGCUCCAAGGCCGGCACACGCCGUCGGCAUCUCGCCUCCUCCUCCUCCGGAACCUCUUCCGCCUCCUCUGAUCUCACCUACCCUGAGGUCGAACGACGUCCUGAACUCAGAAAUGAGCUUUGUGAGGAGUCUCCGCCGGAGCCAGCCCCGCCAGAAGUACCCCCCAGGGGUCCCUCGCUCACACUAAGAAGUGCCCGGCUCGACUCCAACUCAGCUACUUAUGUGUUCCCCUCUCAAGAUUAUCUGAUGCCUGGGAGUCCGAGAUCUUACCUCGGAAAAUCUCCUGAUUUUUCACCUGCAUCUGAGGUCAAUAACCCCGCAAAUGCACAUCUCCAACACAGACUGGGUGGCGCUGGUACAAUGGGCACAAUGAGCAGCGAGCGAGGAGGGGGUGGAGUGGGGGUGGGGGUGGCAAUGCCAGUGUUUCCCCUCCGCCCCCCUGCGACGGCCCCCUCUGCACCCCACUACUCACCCUACUCGCCGUCCAGGUUCCAUAUAGACAAACGCUGUCAGCAUCGCUGCACCUGGAAGUGCUGUUCCAUCGCACUCAUUCUGCUCUGUGUAGCACUGACUGCCAUGCUCGCCUACUUCGGUGCUGUGAACUCAAUGAGAACUGAAAUGGAUCGCAAUAGUUGUAUAUUAGUUGAGGAUGCAAAGGCUGUAGCACAAGACGAAAGUUCACAUGACCCAACAGCUGCAUCACAAACGCCAACAGAAGAAUCAGUACUGACGAGCACAGCAGUUCAUUAUAGUGGUCCAAGUCCUAGUCAGCCAGCUAGCUCAACAGACACUCAGCAGUGGCAAAGUUCAACCGUAGAAAUAAAAGACUUCCGAACUCCCCAUGUAGCAACCAUUCAGCCUGCGCACUUUUGGAAUUCUGAAUUCCGCAACAAGCAACCAGCUUUUAUAAGGUUCAAUAUGAGUUUACCGUGGGGAGCGAAUUUUGCUGUCUAUGGUAGAAGAAACGUAGCACCCAGUAUAACACAGUACGACUUUUUCGAAUUUGUCAAAGGAGGAAGAGUUGAUCAUAGGCUGAAACGAUCUUUAAUUUUUGACUCGCAAGAGCUCCUUGGUGCUAGCUAUCUCAACGCUGUCAGCUUCACAACACUUUCUUCGGACAAUGAAAAGCUGAAGUCUAAAGGAGAGCAAAUUCGUGAAACACUGGAGAAAAAUGAAAUCCCAAUUGAAGAAUCAGAUGCAGAUGAGUCAGAAGUUAAAAAAUCCACAGAUAACAGCAAAUCAAGCUCUGAUGAGUCUGAUAGUGGGGAUGAGCCUGAUAAGGAUUCUUCAACAGACCCUCAUAAAGUUUCAAAAAGAUCAGCAGGAAACAUUCCGUUGGUUGUGAAUGUAACACUUCUCCAAUAUCUCGACACUGGAAGAUGGUUUUUGUCCGUAUACAACGAUGAUCUGCGAUCACAUGAGAUAGUGUUGAUUCUAGACUUUAGGUUUUGCUUUGAAUUUAUAGAUCUACACAAAACAAAGAAAUGGAAACGCGUGUGUCCAGUUCUGUGCAGCAACCAUGGCAAGUAUGGGGGAGGCCUGUGCCACUGCGAGGAGGGGUGGAAGGGGGCGGAAUGCGACAUUCCGGAGCACGACUGCCAGGUGGCCGACUGCUCGGGUCACGGCAAGUGUGUCUCGGGGAGCUGCGAGUGCAACGCCGGCUGGAAGGGCCUUGCCUGCAAUGUCGUUGACUGUCCUGAGCCGCAAUGUUCGGGACAUGGAACGUGUGUGGAGGGAAAAUGCUACUGCAAGGCUGGAUGGCAAGGCGUCAAUUGCUCCCUAUUGGAUCAACAAGUCUACCAAUGCCUGCCAAGCUGUUCGGAACACGGCAGUUACGAUCUGGAGACUGGAGCUUGUGUGUGUGAAGAGUUUUGGACUGGACCGGACUGCUCUCAAGCGGUGUGCAGCCUGGAUUGCGGACCAAACGGCAGAUGCGACCAGGGCCAGUGUGUCUGCAAGCCGGGCUGGAGUGGAGAGCGGUGUGACCUGCUGCCUUGUGACUCGCGCUGCUCCGAGCAUGGCCAGUGCAAGAAUGGCACCUGCGUUUGCUCUCAAGGAUGGAAUGGCAGACAUUGUACUCUCCCUGGUUGUUUAAACUCUUGCAAUCGCAACGGAAUUUGUGCCCUGGAGGAUGGAGAAUAUCAUUGCCAAUGUAAUCCAGAUUGGGCUGGAUCAGAUUGUAGUGUUCAGUUGGAAACUGAAUGCAAUGAUGAAAUUGACAACGAUCAUGAUGGCAUGGCGGAUUGCUCGGACAGUGAAUGCUGCACUCAUCCGGUGUGCCGCGAUCACAUAAUGUGUCUGGCGUCGAACGACCCGGUCGAGGUUCUACUGCGCAAGCAACCACCGUCUGUCACCGCCUCGUUCUACCAACGCGUCAAGUUCCUUGUCGAGGAAAACUCAGUGCAAAGUUAUGUUCAUAAGGAUGAAUACACUGAGAGUUUGUAUAGUCAAUUCUGGAACUCAUUUACACCUCGAAGAGUGUCAGUUAUUCGUGGACAAGUACUUUCGCCUCAAGCUUUGGGAAUAAUAGGAAUUCGAGUGUCUGUUGAUAGAGACUCUCGAUUCGGAUUCACUCUGACCAGAGCUGGAGGAUGGUUUGAUGUUCUGGUGAAUGGAGGAGGCGCUGUCACCUUGCAGUUCCAACGCAGUCCCUUUCAGCCUGUGACCAAAACGCUUUUUGUGCCCUGGAAUCAGAUUGUUGUUCUCCCUCCGAUAACAAUGCUGCUCAGUGAUGAAUCCGAAGGCUUUCAUCCUACUCCGUCUGUUCUUGCCUUGGGGGCACCUGGACUGGGAGCAGCACUGCACAGUGUGGGACCCUGCUUGGACCACGAUGACACACUUCUCGUUCCUGUCAUUCUCUCCACCUGGAUGCCUGAGAAGGUUGGCGGUCAUCCUGGUCAGAACUUGCUGUUUGCCGAAACCCAGAUGUUGCAAGAGAGUAUAAGGAUCCCCGGGUCGGGUCUACACCUGAUGUACAGAAGCAGCCUGGCAUCGGGUUACCUGUCACGCAUUGUCAUGCGACUCACGCACUCGCAGGUACCACCGUCGCUGCUGCGUGUGCAUGUGCGUGUUGAAGUCGAAGGAUCCGUCCAUACCAAGAUCUACGAGGCUGAUCCCAACCUCACGCACACCUUCGCCUGGAACAAGAGGAAUGUCUAUAAACAAAAGGUUUAUGGUGUUGCUGAAGCGAAAGUAUCGGUUGGCUAUGAACACUCCACCUGCCCGAAUAUAGUGUGGGAAACCCAAACUGCCACUCUUCAGGGAUUCGAAGUUGACAUUUCAGAUGUUGGUGGCUGGAGCUUGGAUAUUCAUCACCAUUACAACUUUCACGAAGGUAUCUUACAGAAAGGCGAUGGCUCAACGCUGCAUUUGAAGCAGUUCCCGCGUACGGUGCGCGUGGUGAUGGGAACGGGGCUGCAGCGACCCCUGCACUGCAAGGACUGCGACGGUCUGGCAAGGGAUGCGCGUCUGCUCACCCCCGUCGCACUCACAUCCGGGCCGGACGGGUCGCUCUAUGUCGGCGACUUUAAUCUCGUUCGCAGGCUCACGCCGCAAGGAAGUGUCUACACUAUACUUCAAUUAAGUGCAACUCAAGUAUCGUACCAGUACUACCUGAGCUUGUCGCCAGCCGAUGGCCACCUGUACAUCUCGGACCCGGAGAAGCACCAGAUACUGAGAGUGGUGACGCUGGAGUCGGUGGCUGACCCGGCCAUCAACUGGGAGGCGGUCGUGGGCUCAGGCGAGCGCUGCAUUCCGGGAGACGAGAACAGCUGCGGCGACGAGGGGCCGGCCAAGUCUGCUAAGCUCGCUCAUCCCAAAGGCCUAGCAAUCGCUGCAGACAAGACUAUGUACAUUGCUGAUGGAACCAAUAUCAGAUCUGUGGAUCCGGAUGGAAUAAUUCAUACACUGAUCGGUCACCACAGACAUCACAAUGUCUGGCAGCCUAUUCCAUGCAAAGGAGCAAUACCGGCACAACAGGCUCAGUUGCAGUGGCCUACUGGUUUAGCGUUGAGUCCCCUGGAUGGCACACUGCACUUCAUCGAUGACAGACUGGUGCUGAAGAUCACAGCUGAUUUGAAGGUGAAGGUCAUCGCUGGCACGCCUCUCCACUGUCAUGCGCACAAGGGCGACCAGUCGGAAGCCACAUCUGAACCGGAGCCACAACAGCCUCCUGAGCAACCGAAUGAAGAUGGAGGAUUGGCUACAAGCACAUCUCUGGGACAAGUUCUGGCGUUGGCGUUUAGUCCAAGUGGUCAGCUUUUCAUAGCAGACAGCGACUCUAGGAAAGUGAACGCUAUACGAGUUGUAGAUUCAUCUGGCAGGAUGUCCGAUUUUGCUGGAAGAGGACAACUCAGUGAUAAAAGGGAAUGUGACUGCAUGACGAAUAUCACAACGAACGUUCCAUGCCCUUGCUGGACGGAUGCCAGUACGAACUCGAGGGAGACACUGCUGUCGACCACCGCCAGGUUCACGACUAUUUCAGCGCUGGCGGUGUCACCGGAUGGAGUUGUCAACGUGGCCGAUCAGGGCAAUUUGCACAUCCUCUCACUCGAACACUAUCUAGCCUCGCACGACGAGAAUGGAGAGUUCACGAUACCAUACACGGCAACUGGCGAGGAGUAUGUGUUCAACAGAUACGGACAGCAUAUCGCCACCAAAGACAUAACCACCGGCAAAACUCGCUACACUUUCCUCUACAGCAAAAACACCAGUUUCGGAAAGCUGCUCACUGUCACUGAUAGUUCAGGAAAUAAGAUACUUUUCCUCAGAGACUACAGCAAUCUGGUCAGUGCGAUUGAAAACACCCAGGACCAUAAGUGUGAUCUGAACAUAUCUGGUGUCGGAUUUUUGACGAAGUUCUCUGAGAAAGGAAGAUCUGAAGUUGUGCUGGAUUAUGACUCGAAUACUGGAUUGCUGACUAGCCGCUCGGAUUCCAUGCCAGGGGGUGGCUCAACCUACAUCUACCAGUACGAUACGAUGGGUCGAGUGCGACACGUUGUUCUGCCCAGUGGAGAGACACUGAAUCUGGCUUCGAAGCUGACGACCGACGACGAACUCGAAGUGCAAAUCUCAUCAGCCAUCCAAUCAUCGGUGUCUUCAGACUCCAACAUGCACACUGUCAACAUCAAAAUGGAGGGACAGACUGACAAGAGAAUGACUGUUAGAGACAGUCUGUCUGGCGUGAGUGAAGCGAUGCGAUUCUCGAAUGGCUCGCUGUGGAUGGUGCACCGAUGGGGAGGCAUGACGCUGGUGACAGCUGAGGCCAAACACCCACUGCUGGAGUUGUCGCUGCCAGUCGAGGCUGAGAUGUUCCCCGUCUGGAGUCGCCAGCUCACCAAGCGCGGCGACAUCGCCAACAUCAUGGCCUGGACUUACACUUUGGUCGGCGACGCUGGCACCAGUCAGCAGACUUUGCAUCGGCAACUUUGGGUAAAUAACACGCGUGUUUUGGGAGUUGAAUACGAUCAAGCCGCUGGAAAAGAAACAGUCUACGAUAAAGAUAAAGAGCCAUUGCUGAGCGUCACUUUCGAUCCAGCAGGUCUGCCUCUGUCCUGGAGGCCUGGCAACUCUGCACAUCCUGUCAACAUCAGCUAUGACAGAAUGAAUCGGGUUGAAGGAUGGACGUGGGGAACUCAGUCAGAAACAUACAGCUACGACAGGCAUGGUUUGUUGGCCGAAAUAAAAACCAUACAGGACGGAACUACACAAUACACCUACAAUACAUGGAAUAUGUUAUCGAAGAUAUCACUGCCAAGUGGGCGCAAAUUCGCGCUGGUGUACGACGAGAUGGGAGGCCUUCAGCACGUGACUCUGCCGUCCGGCACCCGACACUCGUUCAGCUCGCAGCCGUCACUCGGCUUCUGUCGCUACACGUACACGGCGCCUGGCAGCACCCGCGCCUAUCUGCAGCACUACACCCACUCGGGCGCACUGCUGCAGACUGUCUACCCCGGCGACGGCGCCCGGGUCCUCUACCGAUACCAUUCUUCUGGCAAACUAGCUGAGAUUGUGCAUGGAGAUGGAAUAACGCAGAUCAAACAAUUGGCACAAACAGGACUUCCCAGCCAAGUUCUUCAUUCGGAGAAGGAUUUCGAAUACCGUUGGGACUACCAGUAUUCUGGUGGAUUACUAACUGAAGAGAGACUGGACUAUGGACCAAAAACCGGUCUUAGCAAUGCUAAGCUUACAUAUCAGUAUGAUGACAACUUCCGUAUUACUUCUAUUCAAGGGCGUAUUGGUGGCCAGAGCCUUCCUGAGCAUUCCAUUCAGUACAGUCCUAAAACUGGAGCGAAAGUUCAGAUUGGACCGUUCGCGGUAUCAUGGCCUCAACCCAAUAUCACUUCUCUAUCAGAUGGAACAGCUGUAUUUAGUAGAACGACGAAUGAGCAUUUUCAGAUAACGCAAGUUGCCGUAACUAUACACCGCAUGGAGGUUCAUCGCAUGGAAUUUACUUACGAUACUAGGAACCGAAUCAGCCAAACUAGAACUUAUACGAGGAACGUUGGAGUCAACACCUACACUAAUAUUAAAAAUUUGACAUGGGAUGCCGAUGGUCAACUAGCAGCGGUCGAAGCUCAAGAGCCUUGGGGAUUCAAAUACGAUCCAAAUGGAAACAUGCUAUCUUUAACUUACAGAGGCAACACAAUCCCUAUGGAAUACAAUGUAAUGGAUAGAAUAGUGAAGUUUGGAGAAGGUCUCUACCGAUAUGAUAAUCGUGGUCUUGUAGUCCAAAAUGCUAGAGAAGAAAAAUUCCAUUACAAUGCCAAAGGACUAUUGGUGAGAGCUACGAAGAGAGGUCGAUUUGAUGUUCGUUACUACUACGAUCACUUGGAUAGACUCGCAACCAGGAAGGACAACUAUGGCAAUGUUACACAAUUUUUCUAUACAAACCAUCAAAGGCUAAACCAGGUGACGCAGAUCUACAGUCCGCGCGACGGCAAGCUGAUGUCGCUGGUGUACGACGACCGCGGUCACCUGGUGUACGCCCAGGUGUUCCGACACAAGUACUAUGUGGCGACCGACCAGUGCGGCACACCCGUCAUGGUGUUCAACCAGUACGGCGAGGGCAUCCGCGAGAUCAUGCGCUCGCCCUAUGGCCACAUCGUCUACGACUCCAACCCCUAUCUCUACCUGCCGGUCGACUUCUGUGGUGGACUGCUCGACCAGGUAACAUCUCUAGUGCACAUGUCUGGUGGAAAAGUAUACGAUCCUCUAAUUGGACAAUGGAUGUCGCCGAUGUGGGAGAACAUCCUGGACAGGGUCACAAACCCCAGACAUCUCCAUCUCUACAGAUUCAAUGGAAAUGACCCCAUAAAUGUUGGCCAAGACGCACAGCAUCUUACAGACGAGGUGAGCUGGUUGACAAAGCUGGGCUAUGACCUGCAUAGUUUGGCGCCGCAGCUGUCGGACGCGCAGGGGCGCUCGCACUCGCCCCCUCCCCCCCUCCACGUGGCGUCGGGCUUCGUCAGCCACCUCACCGAGCGCAUGAUGACCCGCGGACUCUCUUCGCUCGCUCGCUCCCAGAUGCGGCUCGACCCAUUCGCUCCCGACUCGCCCGCGCAAACUACCCGCCACUACUCCAACACUGAUCCUAUGAGAGAGCUGGUGUCGUGGCGGCGCAAACGGCGCGCACAGCUGGAGCCUGGCUCGGUGUGGGAGCCGGUGUUCGGUCGAGGCAUCCUGGUGGCGCGCACAGCCGAGGGCCGCGCAGUCGUGCACAGUGUCCCGAGUGCAAACCCCAUCUACCGUGACGUCAUCACCUCAGUCUUCAACAACACCUUCCUGCUGCCGUUCUCGCUGCUCGUGCACGGCGCGCUGCAAGACGCCUUCUACUUUGUCAAGGAGGACGCGUGGCGCGCCCAGGAGGACCGCGCUCAGCUCAAGCGGUUCGGCACACAGUUCAACACCACCUUCCACGAGAAGGACGGCGAGGCUGGUUCUGGAAAGGUGCUAGACGUGAGAAUACAUCGUCCGACAGCGGUUGUAAACCUGCGAUACGGGACGACGGUGGCGCGGGAGCGGCAGCGACUGCUACAUCACGCGAAGAGCGGCGCCCUUAAGAAGGCAUGGCACCGCGAACGAGACGCACUCCGCAACGGAGUGCCGACCAGCCGUGACUGGACGCAGGCCGAGGUCGACGACAUCCUCAAAGCGGGAGCGGCCGCCUCCUAUGACGGCGAGUAUGUACGCGACCCCAGUCGCUACCCCGAGCUGGCCGAGGACCCCUUCAACAUCCGCUUCGUCAAGAAGAACGCCGCACCAGCUCAGCGAUAGUACGGCCAACAUCCACACCAUGCCAACCAAAUGGAAGGCGCUCUUUAAUAGUCGCGUUUCAUUUUCAAUUAUCACGCUUUCAACCAAUAUUCAUGGAUCUAUGAUGAUAAUACCCAAUAACUUCAACUUAAUUAUCAUUACGUUUAGCCACAUCAUUUUAUUGAUUGCUAUCUAUCGAAAUACAUGUUAUUCACUAUCCACUUUCUUAGUAAGGGCUACUCGUAUUUAUGUAGAAAAUAAAAAUCCAGGCACCCUUUUCUCAACUUCAUUUCAUUUCUCUUGAGUCACUUGAACAUUUAAAGAAUGAGACGUAGAUGUUGUCAAUACCUCUAUAUUUGUUCAAAAAUUAAUUUAAAUUAGAACCAGGUAUCAUGGCAACACCUGCCACAUCUUCAGCUGAACUAAUGUUGAAUGUUAUUGUUAAAGGAACAUUCAACAUCAGUUCAGUUGAAGAUGUGGCAGGUGUUGCCAUGAUACCUGGUUCUGUAAUUUGAACUAAUGUUUGAACAAAUAUAGUGGUAUUGACAACAUCAAAGUCUUAUUCUUUAAAUUAUGGAGAAAUACCACAAAAUCUCAUACCAAUCACAUGAAAAUGACAUUAUAUUUUGUCGAAACAUGUUGUAAGAAUUAAAAUAAAGUUGAAAAAGAGUACUUUUAAUUUUGAAUUUUUACAUUUUUUCACUUUAAUAAUAUUGACAAAAUCAUUCGAUUUUACGGUUAGUCAGAUGUAAUCUUACUUAUUCGCCACUGUUGAAUCAAUGUUAUAUCUGGAUGUGAUAAUGUGUGAAAUGACAAAAUCGAAUGAAAAGAUAAUUAACUUUACAUACAGUAUCAGUGAGAUAAACUUGCUUAAACUUGUUUUACACUUGUUUUGAUUGUUAUAGGUAGCUGAUGAAUGAUAUUCGAAUCCCUUUAUCUUCACAUACUCAUCUUGCUGCAAUCAUCCAUUAUUUUAAAUAACAUAUAAUAAAUUCAUGACAGAACUUGUCAAUUGGAAAUUAAUAGCAGAAAUUGAAAUAAAACCUUAACCCCAAUUUUACUGUUAAUAAAUCCAAAAUUCAUUCACUCUUACAACUACCGUAUUGUUUAUUAAUACGUUUAGUAGCAUGGAACUUCUAUCAGUUACUUGAAUAGUGUACUUCAAAGCUGAAUGACUUUCUUUUUUAGUGUUUCUAAUUCUAUCAUUUACUUUUAAAAAAUCAACUCAUCUAUGAUUACCUUCAAAUUGUGUCUUCCAUUUGAGUAGCAUGGUGUUCGUUUGAAAGAAAUGGCUUUAAAGAAUGAUAUAUUGUCUAAGUAUAACUAAAAGAUAACAGUUUUAUAUUGUGUGAUGAAUUUUUUAGAGCUUAUGUAAAUAGAAAAUGUUUGUACCUAUAGAUAUUUAUAGUGAAGAUGUCAUGAAAGUAAGGAAAUAUUUUUCCAUUUGUGUACUAUAAUAAAACAGUUGAUUAUGACGAUAAUACUGACUUCGACUACGACUAAUGAUAGAGACAAUGACGACCACGUUGAUGUUUAACCAACGAUAAACUAUAUAGGUGUAAUCCGAGCUGUAUGAAUGAAUUAUGUAUAAAAUAUUUUCUACUUCAACUAGAUUUUUCACCUGAUUGUUUCAAACUGAUGUGAGUUGACCAAAUGCUAUCAGUUGAGCGCAUCAUUGUUGUAUGAGAAUAGCCUUCAGUAUGAUCAUUCAGAAAAAGGUUUGAUCUCAUUAUAUUCCUCUUGCAAUUUUCCUCGUCCAUUAACAAUUUAAUUAAGUGAGUCUAAAUUGACUUCCUAAAUUUUAACGAUUUUUUUCAUUAUUUCCCGAUGUAUUUGCUCUAUUAACAAAUGAAUUUAAUUUCAAUUUUUAAAGUUCUCCAGAAUUCUUGUGAAGGACAUAUCAAGAAGAGUUGCAAUCAACUCAACUUGUGUUGAUUUGCAUUCCACAUUGAUUGUUGCAUUCUGUCAACCCACAUUACAGACUAACUAGAAGUGUGUUAAUUGUAAAUCUAACAUAUAAGUUCAGAUAAUUUUAUAAAGCCUUAAUGAAUUUUUCUCAUGGUGCUUUCCGAAAAAUUCUUCAUUACGUCACUUCUUCAUUUAAAGGAAAUCUGUAUUGUAAACUUCUCUAUUUGAUAUUAAAACACAGAAUGUUGGCUAAAUAUGAAUAAAUCCCUUUUAUUCGAAAUUUCAUAAGAUGGAGUAUUUUUGUGUAUCAUUCCUGAAAAAUACUUAUGAGAGCUUGAGAGACGCACAUGCCAGUUUAGUGCAAGUACUUUCACUAUCAUUUGAAGUGCUUCAGUGCACUUUAUUAGGCAAUGAAAAAAUCAAACUCGCUUAUAAAAUACCUUCAGCUCCCAUCAGUAAGCAUUCUAACUUCCACUUUUUAUAAAAUAUAGGGUUCGAAUGAUAUAAUUGAUAUAUUUUUAUGUGUAAAUAUUCGUUUAAUGAAAUGUAUAGCUUGACACAAAGUCAAAAACUUUAACUAAAUGUGCCAUAUUUGUGUAGAUUUGAAUUAGUUUUUAUAAGGUUAUAUUAUUUUCCAUUUUCUCUUCAUACGUUGAGAGCUAUGUAAGUUUUGUAAAAAAUAUGAAGUAUGUGUUAUCAACUGUAUUAGAUACAUUUAUAUUAUAUGUUGCUAAAAUGUGUUACCCAUGAAGAAAAAGCUUAUAUUUUUCAAGAAUGAUUUCUGCUACCAAUAAAAGACACUGUAUAGGUUUAAUAAUUUCCUGUUAUAUUGAUGGAUUUCUUUUGUUUCCCUUCAAUAUUAUCUCUGCUCUAAUAUUAUUCAUCAAUAUUAUUUCCUAUGCAUGUCUAAAGAAGAAUACACAGAAAUCUUGUUCUACUAGACUCCAUAAAAAGGUUUUUAACUAUGAGCAAAAUUCAGUUUCCAAGAUAUAAUUAUAAUCUGAUAUAAAAUUACCCGUUACCGUUACGUUCUAUUACCUGUUGAUAUGCAUUUUAUAAGGAGUUCAAAUACAUCUACAGUGAAAUCUUUUAUUGGUUGCAUAUUCAUUCAGUUGAUCUUUACCUAUGCUAACUAUGAAAGAAAUUGUACGAGAAACAUUGUAUUCUGUAUAAAGAUAUUCGGUAUUUUUCUCGUGUUGUAGAAAUAUUGAAAUGCUAAAUGGACUUUUCACCCAUAAGAGAAUGUACUGUGCUAAUUAAUGUUUACAUCAAAUGUGUGAAAGAGGAGACAUUCGUCCACUUAUGAUUCCUAACAACACAACAGUUAGACUACUUCGUUGAACUUUUUCCAAUUCAAGAAAAUAGUGAUGUGUUGAUUAUGUAUGUAUAGAAGUGAGAAUGAAUAUAUGUUGAAUGUAUCAAGUCCAAGCCAAAAGUGUUGCAUUUUAUCAAAUUGGAACGUCAGUCAUUUAUAUAAUAUAAAUAUGAUGAAUUAAUGUAUAUGUUCUACGUGUAAACAAGUCAAUUCAUAAUGCAGUGGAACCACUUUCUUUCUAUAGGUGUGUGACUUAGCACAAUUAAUGUUCUUCAAACAGCUUAAUUGGCCUUGUUUUGUAAAUUAAUUAUAUAUUUUCAAUGAAUAUAUAAUUUCAAUUUGGGAGCCCCUAGAAAAGUUUUUUUGAAUAGAUCUUGAUAGUGAAGCAAAGCAGUUGCAUGAAUGCUGAUUAAACACCACACUUCAUUAAGGAAUCUACUUCCUAAAGGAACAUUUUUGUUUCAAUAGUAAGAUUUAAUUCAUGGCUUCGAACUUUAGCUCGUUUUUAAAGAUUUCCGUUCAUUGGGAAAAAUAAUAUCAUUGUGAAUGUAAUCACAUCCAGGUUAUUGUCAAAUAUGAUGCAUCGGUUUUAACGAUCGAUCAUAUUGUUAAUACCAAUCGAAUUUUGAUUUCCCCAAAGAAUGAAAAGUUUAUAUAUUUUGAUGUAUUUAGUGUUUUCAACAUAUUUAAUAUACAGAACAACUACUGAAAUCUCCAACAAGCCUACUUUGGAGUAUGUUGAUAACAAACGUUUUGUCAAUGACUGGUAUUCUAAAAUGAAAUUUGUCCACAGUCGUCACAUUUUACAUUAUUUAUAAACUUAAUGUAAAAAUUCAAACCAUCAUCCAAGCGAUUUAAAAAUUUAUGAAAUUAGAGGAGAAAAUAUUGCGACAAUAAGACUGGAACUAAAUAUAAUAUACUUAUGUAGGUACAUUAUGUCUUGUAUUUUUAAUCGAAACGCUUGACAAUUUUGUUACAUUAAAUUUCCCAACAUUAUCAUGGAAUAUUAGUAUUAUGUUCAUUAAGCUAGAAGUAACAUUCUUCGUGAGAACUCUAUAAAUAACUCGUAUAUGUGGUCUCUAAUGAACAUUGCUUUAAAUUGUAGAGUAAUAAUUUAUAAUAUAUUGUUGUUACAAUAUGUUUUGUUCGUUGGAAAUGUUAAAUGUAAUACUCAUUUGGAUAUAAUAAAUGUAUGUCAAUGGUAAUGUUCUUCAAGAGGGUGAUUGAUUAUUCUUUCAAUCAAAUGUAAACUAAAUUGACCUCUUUCUUUCUGUUGCUAUCCUAAUAAAUGUGGAAUAUACUGCCAAAAAUUGUUCUGUAUGGAAUUAGCUUUUAAGUUGAUUGUUUAUUUUUUAUUAAAAUCCUGCAUACGUAUGAGGAA